CUCGCGUCCCGGAAGCAGCGGCGGCGGCUGCGGCGGCGGCGGAGACGGAGACGGAGGUUCUUGGACCCGCGGCUUCAGGACCGCCCUGGGAGGAGGCGCGACGUCUGGGCGGGGCGGACCUGAGGAAACGCUCCGGGGCCCAGCGGCCCUCCCGGUGCUUCCUGCCGGGUCCUGCCCCUUCCCUCACCACUCCAGCAUCCGGGAUGCAGACCUCAGAGGGGACUGGGCCAGAGGUGAGCCCCAGUGUGAUGCCAGAGGCCCUUCCAGACUCUCCACCUGCUCCUACCAAGUCCCCAGCAUUUGAUCUUUUCAACUUGGUUCUGUCCUACAAGAGGCUGGAGAUCUACUUGGAACCCCUGAAGGAUGCAGGUGAUGGUGUUCGAUACUUGCUAAGGUGGCAGAUGCCUUUGUGUUCCUUGCUGACCUGCCUUGGCCUCAACAUCUUGUUCCUCACUUUGAAUGAGGGUGCAUGGUACUCAGUGGGUGCCCUGAUGAUUUCAGUACCUGCCCUUCUGGGCUACCUUCAGGAGGUUUGCCGGGCUCGGCUGCCAGAGUCUGAACUGAUGCGGAGGAAGUAUCAUAGCAUAAGGCAGGAAGACCUGCAGAGAGUUCGUCUUUCUCGUCCUGAGGCUGUGGCUGAGGUGAAGAGCUUCUUAAUUCAACUGGAGGCCUUCCUGACCCGCCUGUGCUGCACCUGUGAAGCUGCCUACCGUGUACUGCACUGGGAAAACCCUGUGGUGUCCUCACAGUUCUACGGGGCUCUUCUAGGCACAGUUUGCAUGCUGUAUUUGCUGCCACUCUGCUGGGUUCUUGCCCUUUUAAACAGCACGCUCUUUCUGGGAAAUGUGGAAUUCUUCCGAGUGGUGUCUGAGUACAGGGCAUUUCUGCAGCGGCGAAUGAACCCAAAGCAGGAAGAGUGUGCCUUUGAGAUCCCGCCACCACCAGAUGCUGGUGGGAAGGCUACUGUGCUGGACAGCACACCUGCUCCCACACCCACGGAGGAUCUCACUCCUGGCAGCGUGGAAGAAGCUGAGGAGGCUGAGCCAGAUGAGGAGUUCAAAGAUGCCAUUGAGGAGACCCACUUGGUGGUGCUGGAGGAUGAUGAGGGCACCCCAUGCCCUGCAGAGGAUGAGCUGGCCUUGCAGGACAAUGGAUUCCUGAGCAAGAAUGAGGUGCUACGCAGCAAGGUGUCGCGGCUCACGGAGCGGCUCCGCAAGCGCUACCCCACCAACAACUUUGGGAACUGUACAGGCUGCUCUGCCACCUUCUCAGUGCUGAAGAAGAGGCGGAGCUGCAGUAACUGUGGGAAUAGCUUCUGCUCUCGGUGCUGCUCCUUCAAGGUGCCCAAGUCCUCCAUGGGGGCCACAGCUCCUGAAGCCCAGAGAGAGACUGUGUUUGUGUGUGCCUCGUGUAACCAGACAUUGAGCAAGUGAGAAGAGUCCAGGCUCCCACCCGGCAGUAGUCUUGGGGCCAGCAGUAGACCCAUAUUCUCCCUGCCCCUGGCCCCCUGUGGUAUGUGCCAGGCACAUGUGGCCUGAAUGCUAAGUAGGCUUCCCCUUCCUUCCCCUGCUGUCUCCAGCUGGGGCUGGUGAUGCUGCACUCAAACCCCAAGGGAGAGGAGCCCUUGGGGGGCCUGGCUGUUUGCUCUGCUCUACCCUGGACCGAGUGAACUCAGGACUGGCCAGGGAGUGUCCACCAGAGGGCAGUAGUGAGCUAAGCUUGGUAUCAGCUGGGCUCUGACAGUUAGGGCCAGUCUGUCCAGGCCUGGGGAUCCAAGGAGACCCCAGGCUGGGAAAAGAGGGCUUUCCUUGUGGGGUGUUGGGCCAGUUCCUCAGCCUCAGUCUGGAGAGGGGCAUGGAAGUGCCACAUCCCAGCUCUACUGUUUGAAUGCCCCUCUUUCAGUUAUCAGGAUCUGAUCAUUUCCCUGUCAGAGGGUGGCCAGGGCUGAUGAGACCAGGAACAUCCUAGAAAGAGUUGAAGUUCCUAGGUUCCCCCAGAGGAGAAUGUGUACGGGGGUUGCUGCUGACUAAGCCCUUCAGUAGCAACUGGAGCUCCACCUCUUAGGAACCUUGACUUGCAAAAUCUCAGCCCAUGUGCUCUGGUGCCCUCUGCUCUGCUGGGCAGUUGUAGGGCAGUCACAACCACCUUUGCUCCCCCUGCUCCAAGUCUAGGGUAACCCUCCUCCAACCUGGUGCCACAUCUUCCUUCCCCUGCCCCUUGUUCCCUUGUUCCAUGGAGUGUGAGGCCAGGUGAAUGGAGCAGAGUUCCUGAAGCCCUUGACCUUUGGGGUCCUGGGAAGUGUAGGAUCUUGCUGGGCGGGGUCCUAGAUUCUAAGGCUGUUUCUUUCAGUUAUGGGAUAAGACCACUUGGGGGUCUUCAUCUUCUUUCCAACUGUUUCACGUUCCCUUCUGGAUACUGGGGAGGGGUCCUGUGUCUCUCCCUAACCCAUGAGCUGGCUCAGGCCCUCCCUUUGCCCUGGAGCGGCCCUCCUUUUUGAAGUAUUUAUUUAUUUAUUAAAUGGUUCCUGGGAACAUGGAGCACAAGGAAUGGGAUGAAGAGGAUGAGGGGCUUCUCUUGCCUGGCACUCUAGACUGGAGUCGUGGGCUGCCAGGGACCCAAAACCCCACAGGUGGAAGUGUUUCUGUUCUUUAAGCAGAUGGGACAGGCAGCCUGUCCUAGGCCAGUGCUCUCACCAGGCCAAAGAGUCUAAUGAGGGUCCAGCAGCCAGGGUCCUGUUGGAGGCCCGUGAGACGCCAGGUUCUUAGGGACCAGGCAGGCCUUGGUGUUCCCUCUCUGUCCUGUUAGGAGAUGAGGGUUAUGUUCUCUGUGCUUAUUUACACUGGACAAGAGUGGAAAGGAUCUCUGUGUAUGGAGAAUCAUCAAUAAAAGGCCUCAAGCUUCUUGUGUCUUCAGCUUGUCCUUGU